AAAGUCCAUGGAAACUAAUGCCAUAAUAGCAGAGAAAGUGUUCAGCGAUUCACGGAGGGAACAACAUGGCAGAAUCGACGGGACAAUGGUUGCAGAAGUCGUUGAUCCAUCUAUGCCAAAAGAUGGAAACGGGUAUGGGUUUGGACGCGGAUAUGAUUUCGGGUCUAGUCUCUUACUGUGAGCUCGCUGAUCCUCAAGACGCCAAAGAGUAUCUCGACAAUAUUAUUGGACAGGAGGCUGGAAAACCUGUAAUUGAGGAGUAUUUACAGCGAAGAGGCUACAUAGAUCCCCACACCUCUACCCAAAAUGUUUCAACUUCUCAAUUACAAGCAUAUGUCAAACCACCAUCAGAAAAAGUUUCUGUUAGUGGAACAAAAAAAUCAUUGAGAACACCAAAAGUUGUUACAGCCCCCAAUAAUGAGACAGAAGCUAAAAUGAAUGCAGUUUCCUCUCAGCGGGGCAUUCGAGUUUCAGCUGAGUCCAGUGACUCAAGAACUAUGCAAAAAGGGGACCAAGGUAAUCAUAAUAACAAUAACAAAAAGAAGAAAGCUGGGAAAGUUAUUUCACUUGCAGAGGCUGCAAAAGGAUCAAUUGUAUUCCAACAGGGUAAACCAUGCUCAUGCCAAGCCCGUCAGCAUAGACUAAUCAGCAAUUGCUUGUCUUGUGGCAAGAUAGUAUGUGAACAAGAGGGGGAAGGUCCUUGCAGUUUUUGCGGUUCUCUUGUGCUCGGGGAAGGGAGCAAAUACGCUGGUUUGGAUGAAAGUCUGCCUCUUGUAUCAGAUGCCGAAGCUGUAGCUGAAGCUUAUGCUAAAAGACUUGUUGAUUAUGAUCGAAACUCUGCAGCACGUACAACUGUUAUUGAUGACCAAAGUGAUUACUAUGAGAUGGAAGGUAACAACUGGCUGUCAAUGGAGGAGAAGGAGCUCUUGAGGAAGAAGCGAGAGGAGAUUGAAGAAGAGGAGAAGGCAAAGCGAAACAGAGUGGUUGUGACAUUUGACUUGGUUGGCCGCAAGGUUCUUGUAAAUAAAGAUGAAGAUGAGGAAGUACAAUCAGAUAAGGGAAUACUGAGGCCACCAGAUGAAAGAGACUCUAAUCGGAUUAAACCAAAUCCAACUCUUAAAGUUCAACCAAUAUUCAUGGAUCCCGGCCCCAUUAAGAAACCUGUUAAAAAUAGACAGCCAAAUAGGACCCUUGCCCGUGGUUUGUGCUUAGAGAUAACUGGAAGGGUGCAGCAUGAAAGUAAUGAACUUAAGUAUCUUAUGGCAAACAACAACCAGUCGGAAGCAGAUUCAAACGGGAAGUCCUGGCAAGGGCCAUCUUCAAGCAGUACUGUUGCUGCUAACGACGAUGGAGAGUGUUCUCUAGAUUAGCAGUGAAAAACAACUAUUGAGUUUACCAUGUCUCUAGUGCCUUUUCCAUGUUUCAAAUUACUGGCAAUGGUGGUUUUUGUUGCUUUUGAAGGAGAAAAACAAUGGGAAAAAAACGGAAUUCAAGUUUGUAAUUUACUUUCCUGUAUUCCCAGCAAAAAUAGAGAAUACUUAGCCGUUCUAUGAAACAGAAUUAAUGACUUCUUAUAGAUAAGCAUUUGGUUGCAAUCUUUUUUAUACGAAUAUCUGUAGGAGUUGGGUCUA